GAACAUAUACAGUGAAGCAACCUGGUUCCACAUAAAAGCAAGAAAACAAAACCACCCUCCCGCUCGGCAACCUGGAUUUGGACUGAAUGAAAAUAUAAAGAAAGAGAAGAGAGAAAUAAUUUUCCGGGAAAAUUCAAGUUCCAAUCGGAACCGGAAAUGAAUAGGGUUUGGUUUCUACUAUUCCUUCUGCUGAUCUCGAAAUGCGAUCAUGUGUGGAGCUCUUACGCGGGUUCCGCUAGCUCCGUCAUCAACCCUUCCAAGGUCAAACAGAUUUCCUGGAAGCCAAGAGCUUUCGUUUAUGAAGGUUUCCUCACGGAUUUGGAAUGCGACCACUUGAUCUCUCUAGCGAAAUCGGAGCUUAAGAGAUCUGCCGUAGCGGAUAAUCUCUCUGGAGAGAGCCAGCUAAGUGAUGUUCGAACAAGCUCUGGAAUGUUCAUUUCCAAGAACAAGGAUCCUAUUGUUGCUGGUAUUGAGGACAAGAUUUCGUCAUGGACCUUUCUUCCAAAAGAAAAUGGGGAAGAUAUACAAGUAUUGAGAUAUGAGCAUGGCCAGAAAUAUGACCCGCAUUAUGAUUACUUCACUGAUAAAGUUAACAUUGCUCGGGGUGGACAUCGCAUCGCGACUGUUCUCAUGUAUCUCACUGAUGUAGCCAAAGGCGGUGAAACUGUCUUCCCUUCUGCAGAGGAACCUCCACGUCGCAGAGGUGCUGAAACAAGCAGUGAUCUUUCUGAAUGUGCCAAGAAAGGAAUAGCAGUGAAACCACGUAGAGGGGACGCACUUCUUUUCUUCAGUCUUCACACAAAUGCUACCCCAGACACUAGCAGUCUCCAUGCUGGAUGCCCUGUUAUCGAAGGUGAGAAAUGGUCCGCAACAAAGUGGAUUCAUGUAGACUCGUUUGAUAAGACUGUGGGAGCUGGAGGUGAUUGUUCUGAUAAUCAUGUAAGCUGUGAGAGAUGGGCUUCACUUGGAGAAUGCACUAAAAAUCCUGAGUAUAUGAUUGGAUCUUCAGACAUUCCCGGCUAUUGUAGGAAAAGCUGCAAGGCGUGUUAGAAAUUUUACUGAAUGCUUUCCUAGAUACUACAAGCCAUCUCUGCCUCGGGUUUCAAAUUUCAACUAGUUCUUGAUUUUUUUUCCCGGACUGUAAAGUAAUUCUGCAUUAUUAUAAUGGUUCCAAUCAGGGUUCUACUAUCACAACCCCACUUCAAGUGGAAGAAUUGAGACCUUCUCGGGGGAUUCUGCUUUUUUCUUUCAUUGCUUAUACUUAUCUUCUAUGUAUAAAACGAUAUAACAAAUACAAAUUAAUUUAUUAUUAUCUCAAUUUUUUAUGAUAA